AUGCGAUUGACCAUUCGCCUUCCAAGUAAGGACUUCACCGAACGUCUGAAAACACACUUCAGAGGUGUGAAGGACGCCGACAAUAAGGCCGUCUUCUCUGAGGAAACUGCCACGUCGCACAAGCGUGAAUUCUCCAUCAUUUUGCCCUCCGCGGUUUAUCAAAUAGAUACCAACGAUCGUGGGAUCAUCAUCGUUUUCGACACGGAGCAGCAAGCCCGUAUCUGGGAGCCCUACUCUCGAAUCUGGUCGUGGAAGCUACCGGGCUCAGGUAAAGACAAGACCAGGAUCGGUAUCUUCUACGCUUGGCCGCAUCCAAGGCUGGCAAAAGCUAGCACGUACAUGAUGGGUGUCAAUAUAAGGACCAGCAUCCUCGUCGUUCUCCUUGCUCCUCUCGCCGCCUUGCUGGCUGGACGAGUUCGUGUGCUCUCCCUGGCUUACUCUAAUGCACCGGAACGGAUGCCCAGACAUGCAAACUUCACAUCCUACGAGGUCAAGUUCGCAGACCAGAUCCGGAACUGCGAAGAUGCUGUUCUCGUUGAGAACGGGGGCAUAGCACUGCUUGCAUGUGACCCGGGCCGAGAGACCUGGAACACGGUCAUGGGUGACUUUGUUGAUAGCGCCGAACCCGACCCUAAUGCUGCGCUCUAUGCUUGGGACUACGGGAACUCGUCCCUUCCUGAAGAGGAGAGCCUCGCGCGUAUCAAGGUCGUCGGGUUCGACUCCGAGCUCCGCACGAUAGGCUUCGAAUACCACGAGCCCAGCUCCACGCUCUUCGUGACAAAUCAUGGGCGCCAGGGGUCUCGAAUCGAGCAGUUCCAUCUGGACCUCGAAAGUCUAACAGCCACACACGUCCGCUCCAUCGUCCACCCACUGAUCAGCAUCCCGAACUCCAUCGCCGCAGUCAGCGGGUCCGAGUUCUACGUCACGAACCAGCACCACUUCACCGCCCGCGAGCACCCCCUCCUCUCGGCCGUCGAGACGUACGCCGCGCUGCCGAUCGCGACCGUCGUGCACGUCAACAUCCUGGAGGACGGCACCGUCGACGCCGCGGUGGUCGCCCGGCAGGCCUACCCCAACGGCAUCGUGCUGCUCAACGAGACCACCCUCGCCGUCGCGGCCACGAGCAAGCGCACCGUCAACCUGUAUACCGUCUCCCCGGCAGCAGACGCCGCGCAGCACCCAAGCCUGGAGCUGGCCGACAGCUUCUGGCUGCCCUUCCUGCCGGACAACCUCUCUGUGUCGAAAGGCGACGGCGCUCUGCUCGUCGCGGGGCACCCGCAUCUCCCGAGCUUGAACAAAUUCACGCGCUCGCGGCGCAUCUGCCACCGCGCGGAGGUGCUAGAAGCACAGGGCCAGGAGGCACAAGCCGUGUGCGAAGGCACAGGUGCCGCGUCGUGGGCAAGCGAGUGGACGCCAGAAGGUGGGGUGAGGCAUAUAUAUGCCGGGUGGGAGUAUCCAACGAGCGCUUCAGUUGUAAGGGACAGGGAGCGACGCGUCGGGGUUGUGGCGGGGCUUUAUGCAAAGGGCUUGCUUGUGUGGCGGGACUGA